AUGCGCUGCCUAACCCUAGCGAUUAUUGUCCUGCAACUCGCACUCCAGCAUGCAUCGGCGACAGUAGGCGUCCUUGACAUCGACGACCUGCUACAACCAGAUCUCCAACAGCAUUUGUUCGCUCCAAGCGAAGAUUAUCCGUACGCACCAUGGUCUCAUAAACCGUACUGCAUGACUAGCAGCUAUCUCCCCACCCUCGGCCAAAAGUACUGCGUCUACACAUCCAACACGACGGGCCCACACGGUCUCUCCCUGAUCUUUCCCCCAAGAUCCGCCCAUCUAGCGUCGGAAUAUCUCGACGACAACCCGCUCAAUAACUUCCUGACUCAGAAAGAUGCUGAGCGCUUGUAUCUCGGCGGUCAAUCAUGGAAAAUCGUCGAUAUACCCGGGAAAGCGAAAGGUGUAGUGGCCACUCGCAAGAUUACGAUGUACGAAACGUUCAUGGUGGAUCAAGCCGCUGUUGUUGUAGAUAUGGGGGCGGAGAAGGCUCUGAAUGAGGCCGAGAAUAAGAAGCUGAUGAAGAGGGCUGUGGAUCAAUUGCUUGUUCCUGCGAUGAUUAGAGAUAUGAGUUCUGCGCAUGCAGGGGAAAACCAUGAGGGUGGAAAUGAUGGAGAUGACGAAGAGGAAGGGAGCUUAGAGGAAGCCAUCAUGAAGACGAACGCGUAUGGCAACCUCCUCUUGGGUAUCCCAUUUCAAAAACGCCAAUCUCUGAUAAAGCGCUGGGGUUUCAAAUGCACAUGUAGCCUCUGCAGCCUACCAGCCGACGAACGCCAAGCCUCUGAUCUUCGCCGCACAAUGAUCACGCAGGCCGAGGAAAAGAUUAUGGAGCUUGCGAAGGCCUACAAACUCGACGAAGCUAUAGCUCUCGCCGAGGAAUCCGUCGAACUGAUCAAAGACGAAGGAGUCUGGUCGAUGUUGACCGAUGAGUAUGCCAUGUUAGCUAUGCUGUGGUUGGAGAAGGGCGACAAGGAGAAGGCAGAAGCGUAUGGCGAGAAGACGCAUAGGUUGUUGUCUGAUCUGGGGUUUUUGGGUAUUGGAGAAGAUAGGGAAGCGUGGAAGUUGGAGACGCUCUUAAAGAAUAUUGGAGGUCUGGGAGGGAUGGGUCAGCUUUGGAAAACGGGCCCUUUGAGAGGGUAA